GUUUUCGGCUCGCCACACAAGGGUGGGUGCUCGACAUUAAGUGUCAAGUUAAUUUCCGAUUGGGCGGGUGGUGGACGUAUGUCAGACAUAUGCGCGCUGUGGGUGGGUGUCGGCGUGUUUGGGGAAAAAAAGCCAGAGGGGAGUGCAGCGCUUCAGCGUGUGGAUAGGCAGAGAUAGGUGAUGGUUGGAGGAGCUGUAACUGGCGUCGGCCUCAACUCUCCAAAGCUCUAAGCUUUGGCUGGGAGUGGCGUGGCGCACCCUGCUCCUCCAGACUGAAAACCACCUGUAUGGAUGACCAGACCUCCAGCGUGAUCCUUCCGCACGCGUCAGCGGGACACAGGGGACGCAACGAGUCUGACAACCGGGGUUAUGCCGAGGAGAAGGGCGUCAUGACGGUGGAAAACAUGCUGGAGGAGUCCGCCGUGCUCUCAGCGCCUCACCUGUCGGUGGACAGAUAUGAGCGCAGUCGCCAGGGAUGCUGCGAGAGGGUGGUCAUCAACAUUUCUGGUUUACGUUUCGAGACGCAACUGAAAACUUUCAGCCAGUUCCCAGACACGCUAUUGGGGGACCCGAGGAAAAGGAUGCGCUACUUUGACCCACUGAGAAACGAGUACUUUUUCGACAGGAACAGACCAAGCUUUGAUGCCAUCCUCUACUACUACCAGUCAGGAGGGCGCAUACGGAGACCUGUUAACGUUCCCAUUGAUAUUUUCUCAGAGGAGAUCAGGUUUUACCAACUCGGUGAGGAGGCCAUGGAGAAAUUCCGCGAGGAUGAAGGGUUUAUAAAAGAAGAGGAGCGCAUCCUCCCCAAAAAUGAUUUCCAGAAGCAGGUUUGGCUUUUGUUUGAGUACCCUGAAAGCUCUGGGCCAGCAAGAGGGAUAGCCAUCGUUUCAGUGCUUGUUAUUUUAAUUUCAAUUGUUAUUUUCUGUAUGGAGACUCUGCCGGAAUUCCGGGAUGACAGAGACCAAGCCACAGUGGCACCCGCAGUUAAUGGCACUGCUCCCUUCACGUCAAGUCCAUUCACAGACCCUUUCUUUGUCAUCGAAACGUUGUGCAUUAUAUGGUUUUCUUUCGAGUUGCUGGUCAGGUUUUUUGCCUGUCCCAGCAAAACUACCUUUUCCAAAAACAUAAUGAAUAUCAUUGAUAUCGUCGCCAUAAUCCCCUACUUUAUCACUCUGGGGACAGAGCUGGCCGAGAGGCAAACCAACGGCGGUCAGCAGGCGAUGUCCCUCGCCAUCCUGAGGGUGAUAAGAUUGGUGAGGGUCUUUCGUAUUUUUAAGCUCUCCCGACACUCAAAAGGACUUCAGAUUUUGGGACAGACCCUCAAGGCCAGCAUGAGGGAGCUUGGCUUGCUCAUAUUUUUUCUUUUUAUCGGUGUUAUUCUCUUCUCCAGUGCAGUUUACUUUGCAGAAGCAGACGACCCCACUUCAAGUUUCUCCAGCAUACCAGAUGCGUUUUGGUGGGCAGUUGUCACCAUGACCACAGUUGGUUAUGGGGACAUGCAUCCGGUCACUAUUGGUGGUAAAAUAGUGGGCUCUCUGUGCGCAAUAGCAGGCGUGCUGACCAUUGCCUUACCCGUGCCAGUGAUUGUGUCCAACUUCAACUACUUUUACCACAGAGAGACUGAUGGAGAGGAGUACCCACAGUAUCACACUACAGGUAGCUGUGAGCACCUCCCCUCAGAGGAGCUGAGGAGGUCGUGCAGCUCCUCAUCUCUCAGCAAGUCAGAGUACAUGGUGAUAGAGGAGGGCAUCAACAGUGCGUUCAAACAACCCAACUUCACCACCGAAAACAACCAGAACUGCGUGAACAUCAAAAAGAUCUUCACGGACGUGUAAAUGAACCCCGCCAUGGAUCAUUUAUGAAGCAUGAUGAGACAGUACCUAUAAUAUUUUUAUAUAGCCACUCGUAACGUGUCAGUCCAUAUCUGUGGAUGAAAGCUGCAAACUUCUGUUUUAACAAGGUAUUAAUCUUUAUUUUAUUUGCACCGAAUGAAAUGGAAACGAUACAAAAAUACUUCAGUGAGGAUUUUUCUGUUUUCAGUGUUUCUCCGUGAUCAACAAGUAUUAACCUGAGCAAAAAAAGAAAAAAAAUCACGCACAGAAAAGUGUUUGCUUCAAAUCAGAGGAAAUAAUAACAAUAAAAAAAGCUUGUUAAAACAGACAUUUUUCAGCGUAUAAAGCCACACGAUGCCUACAUAUCUUGAUGUUAUAAUGCGACCGUUGUUGGUGUUCAUGACUGGGAUAGACGUGUAGCAUAUAGUCUUCUACUGAAUCUACCCACCAGUCCAAAAACGACGUCUUGUGCUUCGUGGAAAUCAAUAGACUAUGGUAAUUUAUAUAGCCCAAUGCCUGUUUCGGUUAUAUUUAAUAUCAUAACCUGUCCACAUGUUGUUCGGAUUAUUAUUCAGGUAAUAAAAACGCAGAGUGCUGUUAAUGGAAACGCUUAUCAUAAAAUAUGAGUUGAGCUUUUCGUACAGUGUAUUUUAAUCCAGAACUGCCUAUAUAGCCUAUAUUGAAUAAAACUCAAAUGAACUGACUCAGGUCCCACCUGUCACUCGUAUAUUCUUUAGAAUAAAUGUGCUGCAUCUUAGCAAACUUUGUC